GCCCGCCGCCUGUGACGCGGUGUGUCCGCUCCCGGCCGCCGUCCCGCUGCGGCGGCCAUGGCGCAGCCGGGCGGUCGGGCCGUCACCGUCAGCGAUGUCCAGCAGCUGGUGAAGAGGAAGGACGAGAUCGAAGCGCAGAUCAAGGCCUACUACGAGCUGCUGGAGGACCAAAAGGGCGUCGGGAUGAACGAGCCGCUGGUGGACGCCGAGGGCUUUCCCCGCGAUGACAUCGACCUCUAUCAAGUCCGCACCGCCCGGCACAACAUCAUCUGUCUGCAGAAUGACCACAAGGCCCUGAUGAAGCAGGUGGAGGAAGCUCUGCACCAGCUGCACGCCCGGGAGAAGGAGAAGCAGGCCCGGGACGAGGCGGAGGCGCGGGCGGAGGCGCUGGGCCAGGGCCUGGCACGGGCCUUUGCCAGGGUGAACGCCGUGACUCCGGGCUCCCCUGCCAGCAUCUCUGGACUUCAGGUCGAUGAUGAGAUUGUGGAGUUUGGUUCUGUCAACGUGAACAACUUCCAGAACCUUCAGAACAUUGCCACAGUGGUGCAGCACAGCGAAGGGAGACCCCUGAGCGUGACCGUGAUGCGCGGGGGCAAAAAGGUGCACGUGGGGCUGACUCCGAAGCGCUGGUCAGGGAAGGGUCUCCUGGGCUGCAAUAUCAUCCCCUUGCAAAGAUGACCAUUGCUUGGAAAGCAAUAAAGCUGAAGCCUGUGCCUGCUUUCUGGACUGUGAUCUAGUUUGAAAACUUGCCUUCAUGUUCUUGCUGAAACAAAUGUUUCAGAGGCUGUGACCUCUGGGUGCCAGACUCACAGUCUGAAGAGGUUUCUGAUAGAAUAAUGUCUGACUGCAGUUCAGUUGCACUGGUUCAUCAGGAGUAGCUUGCAGAGCUGCAAGAUGUGGCUUCUCAUCUCUCACACCUUGUAUCACUUUGCAGUGAGGCUAUAGAGACCCAAACAUCACUUGAUACAGGCUCUAAAAAGCAUUAAAUGCUCUUAUUUGGUGAUGACAGAGCAUUCCUGAUUUUUUUCCCUCUUAAAUUCCUCAUUGAAUAUCUUGAAAUACAUGCUAAAAAGUCCCUGAGCACUUUUUGGGUGUCAAUAAUAGUAGAUCACAAGAAAUAGACAAGUUUGAUACUUUAUUUUCCCUGUGUUGUUGCAAAUUUUGAAGUCACUAAACAUAAAAGAAUCUUUGGGACAACUAAUUAUUUUAAGUUAAUAAGGAAAUAGGUGUUAUGAUUCUACUUCACUUCUAGUGUUUUCAUAUGGUCAUGAUAAAAGUACUCCUAACUUGACAACUUUUUUACUUUGUUUAUUUGUAGUGGUUGGUUUUGGGGUGUAUAAGUUCUUCCAGAGGAUUUCUGGGAUGGCUGGAUUUGUUGUAAGUUUGUUUCCAAUGGAAUUUCAAAGUACUCUUCUGAGACAAUAAAAUGGACUGAUGCCUCUC